CGCACGUGACCGUGACUACUGCCUGAGAAGGAAGUCGCGCUCCCGUCACUAGCGUGCCUUCCUGCCAAGAAGCUCGUGGAAGCUAUGAGGAAAAGUUCCGGACAGCAACAGCCUGCCCAUCACAAACCUACCCCACAUCGUCAGUUAACGCGCAACGCGAUGCCAGGUCCGCGCGCAGGAAAGAGCUCGAGGGCUAUCGGUCCCUCCGAUGGGGCCUCGUCCGGCAAGCAGUCCCUGAGCGAAGCACAGGAUUCCGAACUUUACAGCAAUGGCGGCGACAUGUCUGGCUACAACAUGUCCAUUGCUGCUGUGGAUGGCGACGAUGAUAUGGAGGAUGUCGCACUUAAUGGAAGAUCACUGGUCGGACAGUACACCGCGUCAAAGGACAUGCUAAACGAGUUCGCGCAUGGCGAUACUGCAGAGGCAGACAUCCUCGACAGCCGUGAGAAGCAGGCCCAGAUCGCAUCGCGAGAGACAGACUAUCAAAGAAGGCGAUUCGACCGCAGACUAUCGCCGGAACGCGCCGACGCUUUCGCAGAGGAUGGCCAAGGAGAAGGCGCAACAUACAAGGAGGUCAUGGCGGAGCGCCAGCUGGAGCGCGAGGAGGAACGCGUCAGGAGGGCUAUCGACGAGAAGGAGAAGUCCGGAAAUAACGAAGUGCUGGAUCACAAGCCUACCCUGACGGAUGAUGCCACGGCACCAGUCAACGGCGACAAGACCCCGCCCAUGGAGAAGAAGCGUAAAAGGAGAAGAUGGGAUGAGGGCGCCACUGAUGACGCUCCAGCUGUCAAGGCUGAAGCCAAGGAAGAGCCCGAGGUCAAGAAGUCGAGAUGGGAGACGGGUCCUGAGGAACAGAAGGCGCCAGUGCGAUCACGAUGGGAUACCACAGCAGUUGCACCCUCGGGUGGUGCGACGCCAGCGCCCGCAACUGGUGCCAACGGUGGACGCCCUGCGAUGCCAGCAUACGCUUUUGGCACAGACAUCUCGAACCGCAAUGCUCCGCUGUCCGAUGAGAUGCUCGACAUGAUGUUGCCCGGCGAGUCGGAAGGAUACAAGGUGCUCGAGCCGCCACCAGGCCACGAGCCAGUCCGCCGACCAGUCGGUGUACCGCAACUGCCCACAGGUUAUCAGGGCUUCUUGAUCCCGGAGGCAGAUAACAGUCUAGCAGCCAUGGGCAAGCAGCUACCUACUGAGAUUCCUGGUGUUGGUGAUCUGCAAUUCUUCAAGAAUGAGGACAUGAAGUACUUUGGCAAGCUCACAGACGGGGCAGACGAGAACGAGAUGACAGUUGAGGAACUGAAGGAACGCAAGAUCAUGCGCCUGCUUCUGAAGGUCAAGAACGGAACACCGCCCAUGCGAAAGACCGCACUACGACAGCUCACAGACAACGCUCGUCAGUUCGGAGCAGGGGCUCUUUUCAACCAGAUCUUGCCCCUGUUGAUGGAACGCACAUUGGAGGACCAGGAACGUCACUUGCUCGUCAAGGUUAUUGACCGUGUCUUGUACAAGCUUGACGAUCUCGUCCGGCCCUAUGUCCACAAGAUCUUGGUUGUCAUCGAGCCCUUGCUGAUUGAUCAAGACUACUAUGCAAGAGUGGAGGGCCGCGAGAUCAUUUCGAAUCUUGCAAAGGCUGCUGGACUUGCACACAUGAUCAGUACCAUGCGCCCGGAUCUGGACCACCAGGACGAGUACGUCCGAAACACGACUGCGCGAGCUUUUGCCGUCGUUGCGUCUGCUCUCGGCAUUCCAGCUCUUCUGCCCUUCCUCCGCGCCGUGUGCCGCUCGAAGAAGUCAUGGCACGCUCGUCACACUGGUGUCAAGAUUGUGCAGCAAAUUCCCAUUCUCAUGGGUUGCGCUAUCUUACCCCACCUGAAGGGCCUUGUCGAAUGUAUUGGAGAGAACCUGAACGACGAGCAGCCAAAGGUCCGCAUGGUCACAGCCCUCGCUCUUGCUGCUCUCGCCGAAGCCGCCAGCCCAUAUGGUAUUGAGUCUUUCGACGACAUCCUGAACCCUCUCUGGACUGGUGCUCGCCGACAGCGCGGCAAGGCUCUUGCUUCUUUCCUGAAGGCUGUCGGAUACGUCAUCCCUCUCAUGGACGAGGAGUACUCCAACUACUACACCAGUCAGAUCAUGGAAAUUGUUAUUCGAGAAUUCCAGUCGCCGGAUGAAGAGAUGAAGAAGGUUGUCCUGAAGGUGGUCUCCCAGUGCUCCAACACAGCAGGCGUAACGCCGGUCUACCUCAAAGACAACGUCCUGCCAGAAUUUUUCAAGCAUUUCUGGGUACGACGCAUGGCUCUCGACAAGCGAAACUAUCGCCAAGUGGUCGACACCACCGUCGAUCUUGCCCAGAAGGCUGGCGUUGCUGAGAUUGUUGGCCGCAUCGUCAACAACAUGAAGGACGAGAACGAGGCCUACCGCAAGAUGACAGUCGAGACUGUGGACAAGGUCAUCAGCACACUUGGCGCACAUGACGUUGACCAGCGUCUAGAGGAGCAGCUGAUCGACGGUGUUCUUGUUGCAUUCCAGGAUCAGACAAUCGAAGACCCUAUCGUCAUCGAUGGUUUUGCUACCGUCGUUAACGCCUUGGGUGAGCGGACCAAGACUUAUCUCCCGCAAAUCGUCGCUACAGUCCUCGCUCGCCUGAACAACAAGUCUGCUACUGUGCGACAGCAAGCUGCUGAUCUGAUUUCGCGCAUCACAUUUGUUAUGCAGAAGUGUGACGAAGAUCCACAGCUGAUCAAGCUUGCUCAGGCACUGUACGAAUACCUUGGAGAAGAAUAUCCGGAGGUCCUCGGUUCGAUCUUAGGUGCACUCCGUGCCAUCGUCACUGUCGUUGGUCUCCAUGCUAUGCAACCACCUAUCAAGGACCUGCUGCCUCGACUCACCCCGAUUCUUCGUAACCGACAUGAGAAGGUACAGGAAAACACUAUUGACCUCGUCGGCCGCAUCGCUGAUCGUGGUGCCAAUUACGUCAACCCCCGUGAAUGGAUGCGAAUCUGUUUCGAGCUACUAGACAUGCUGAAGGCCCACAAGAAGGGCAUUCGACGUGCUGCCAACAACACAUUCGGUUACAUUGCCAAGGCCAUUGGUCCUCAGGACGUCCUGGCUACACUUCUUGGUAACCUCCGUGUACAGGAACGUCAAUCCCGUGUCUGUACUGCUGUCGCUAUCGGUAUUGUUGCUGAAACCUGCGCUCCUUUCACAGUGCUUCCUGCUCUGAUGAAUGAGUACCGAGUACCGGAGCUUAACGUCCAGAAUGGUGUCCUCAAGUCACUAUCGUUCAUGUUCGAAUACAUCGGCGAGAUGGCUAAGGAUUACGUCUACGCCAUCACACCUCUUCUCGAGGACGCUCUCAUUGAUCGAGACCAAGUUCAUCGCCAGACAGCUGCUUCCGUUGUUAAGCAUGUUGCCCUUGGCUGCGUGGGUCUUGACUGCGAAGACGCCAUGAUCCACUUGCUCAACUUGCUGUGGCCCAACCUUUUCGAAACCAGCCCCCACGUCAUCGACCGCAUUGUCGAGGCGAUCGAAGGUAUUCGCAAUGCUGUCGGCACACCUCUAGUCAUGAACUACGUCUGGGCCGGUCUGUUCCACCCUGCUCGCAAGGUCCGACAACCGUACUGGCGCAUCUACAACGAUGCAUACGUGCAGUCAGCAGACGCAAUGGUACCAGCAUACCCUGCAUUCGAGGAAGAGAACAUGAGGAGACACGAGCUGGAUAUCUUCAUCUAAAAGUGAGAGCUUUCAAUCUUUUCUUGAGAAUGUCGCCCAGCGUGUAUAUCAUUAUUGGCGUGUAGAAUGGAGUUUGGGCGUUGUUAACCUUGUAUAAGAGCGAUGCAGGCACUCUAUCGCACGGGAGGGUUUCACACGGAACGAUAGUUGGACGCCAAGUGUGGUAACGGAAUACAAUCUGUAGCCCAUUUACG